AUGCUGAGCGGAGUGUGCGGCCGGCUCGCGUCAGCGCUGCGAGGGACACGCGCGCCGCCGUCCGCGGUCGCCCUGAGGUGUGUGCACGCGUCCAGCUCGCGGCCGUCCACAGAUAAGAGCGAGAGGACGGAGAAACCGCCCCGCGCCUUCGACCAGGCCUUGUUGGAGUUUCUGGUGUGUCCGCUCUCCAAGAAGCCGCUCAGAUAUGAAGCAUCGACAAAUGAAUUGAUUAAUGAAGAGUUAGGCAUAGCCUAUCCAAUUAUUGAUGGGAUUCCUAAUAUGAUACCACAGGCAGCUAGGAUGACACAUCAAAAUAAGAAGCAAGAAGAAGUGGAGCAGCACUAG